AUGAUAAAAACAACUUUUUCAAAUAUUGUAGAUCCUAAAAUUCAAUCUCCAUGUGACAUGGCAGCCAGACAGAUACCUGAUCCAGUUGCAAUAGUCAUGUGCCCAGCAGGAUGUCUGAAAAACAAAGGCAAAGUUUGGGGAACUAAUAUCUACACAGACGACUCAUCAAUUUGCAGAGCUGGAAUCCAUUUAGGAGUAAUCACAGAUGAAGGAGGAGCUAUGAUAAUGGAGAAAAAGCCAGGUCAAGACAGCUAUGAGGAAUCUAUAAGAAAUGGAGUGAAAACAACUAGGUAUGGAAGUUGGACUGCUUCAUUUGUACUCCGUACAUUAGAUUCAACACCAAGCAAGAAACCAGAAUCUUCUGAAGAAGUUCCUGAUGUCCCAACUACAUCUACUCAACAACCACCCUCACGUCUGCCAUCAGUUCAAUCUCCAUGUGACAUGGCAGCCAGACAGAUACCUGAUCCAGUUGCAAUAGUCAUGUGCCCAGCAGGAUGUCUGAAAAACAAAGGCCAAGUUUGGGGAACUAAUAUCUACACAGACGACUCAUCAAUUUGCAGAGCUGGAAUCCAUUUAGGAGUAAUCACAGAUGAAGGAGGCGCUAUGAUAAUGGAGAAAAAGCCAGGUCAAGACAACUAUGAGGAAUCUAUAAGAAAUGGAGUGAAAACAACUAGGUAUGGACAUUGGACUGCUUCAUUUGUACUCCGUACAUUAGAUUCAUCACCAAGCAAGAAACCAGAAUCUUCUGAAGAAGUUCCUGAUGUCCCAACUACAUCUACUCAACAACCACCCUCACGUCUGCCAUCAGUUCAAUCUCCAUGUGACAUGGCAGCCAGACAGAUACCUGAUCCAGUUGCAAUAGUCAUGUGCCCCGCAGGAUGUCUGAAAAACAAAGGCCAAGUUUGGGGAACUAAUAUCUACACAGACGACUCAUCAAUUUGCCGAGCUGGAAUCCAUUUAGGAGUAAUCACAGAUGAAGGAGGAGCUAUGAUAAUGGAGAAAAAGCCAGGUCAAGACAACUAUGAGGAAUCUAUAAGAAAUGGAGUGAAAACAACUAGGUAUGGACAUUGGACUGCUUCAUUUGUACUCCGUACAUUAGAUUCAUCACCAAGCAAGAAACCAGAAUCUUCUGAAGAAGUUCCUGAUGUCCCAACUACAUCUACUCAACAACCACCCUCACGUCUGCCAUCAGUUCAAUCUCCAUGUGACAUGGCAGCCAGACAGAUACCUGAUCCAGUUGCAAUAGUCAUGUGCCCAGCAGGAUGUCUGAAAAACAAAGGCCAAGUUUGGGGAACUAAUAUCUACACAGACGACUCAUCAAUUUGCCGAGCUGGAAUCCAUUUAGGAGUAAUCACAGAUGAAGGAGGAGCUAUGAUAAUGGAGAAAAAGCCAGGUCAAGACAACUAUGAGGAAUCUAUAAGAAAUGGAGUGAAAACAACUAGGUAUGGACGUUGGACUUCUUCAUUUGUACUCCGUACAUUAGAUUCAUCACCAAGCAAGAAACCAGAAUCUUCUGAAGAAGUUCCUGAUGUCUCAACUACAUCUACUCAACAACCACCCUCACGUCUGCCGUCAGUUCAAUCUCCAUGUGACAUGGCAGCCAGACAGAUACCUGAUCCAGUUGCAAUAGUCAUGUGCCCCGCAGGAUGUCUGAAAAACAAAGGCCAAGUUUGGGGAACUAAUAUCUACACAGAUGACUCAUCAAUUUGCCGAGCUGGAAUCCAUUUAGGAGUAAUCACAGAUGAAGGAGGAGCUAUGAUAAUGGAGAAAAAGCCAGGUCAAGACAACUAUGAGGAAUCUAUAAGAAAUGGAGUGAAAACAACUAGGUAUGGACGUUGGACUUCUUCAUUUGUACUCCGUACAUUAGAUUCAUCACCAAGCAAGAAACCAGAAUCUUCUGAAGAAGUUCCUGAUGUCCCAACUACAUCUACUCAACAACCACCCUCACGUCUGCCAUCAGUUCAAUCUCCAUGUGACAUGGCAGCCAGACAGAUACCUGAUCCAGUUGCAAUAGUCAUGUGCCCCGCAGGAUGUCUGAAAAACAAAGGCCAAGUUUGGGGAACUAAUAUCUACACAGACGACUCAUCAAUUUGCAGAGCUGGAAUCCAUUUAGGAGUAAUCACAGAUGAAGGAGGAGCUAUGAUAAUGGAGAAAAAGCCAGGUCAAGACAACUAUGAGGAAUCUAUAAGAAAUGGAGUGAAAACAACUAGGUAUGGACGUUGGACUGCUUCAUUUGUACUCCGUACAUUAGAUUCAUCACCAAGCAAGAAACCAGAAUCUUCUGAAGAAGUUCCUGAUGUCCCAACUACAUCUACUCAACAACCACCCUCACGUCUGCCAUCAGUUCAAUCUCCAUGUGACAUGGCAGCCAGACAGAUACCUGAUCCAGUUGCAAUAGUCAUGUGCCCAGCAGGAUGUCUGAAAAACAAAGGCCAAGUUUGGGGAACUAAUAUCUACACAGAUGACUCAUCAAUUUGCCGAGCUGGUAUCCAUUUAGGAGUAAUCACAGAUGAAGGAGGAGCUAUGAUAAUGGAGAAAAAGCCAGGUCAAGACAGCUAUGAGGAAUCUAUAAGAAAUGGAGUGAAAACAACUAGGUAUGGACGUUGGACUGCUUCAUUUGUACUCCGUACAUUAGAUCCAUCACCAAGCAAGAAACCAGAAUCUUCUGAAGAAGUUCCUGAUGUCCCAACUACAUCUACUCAACAACCACCCUCACGUCUGCCAUCAGUUCAAUCUCCAUGUGACAUGGCAGCCAGACAGAUACCUGAUCCAGUUGCAAUAGUCAUGUGCCCAGCAGGAUGUCUGAAAAACAAAGGCCAAGUUUGGGGAACUAAUAUCUACACAGACGACUCAUCAAUUUGCCGAGCUGGAAUCCAUUUAGGAGUAAUCACAGAUGAAGGAGGAGCUAUGAUAAUGGAGAAAAAGCCUGGUCAAGACAACUAUGAGGAAUCUAUAAGAAAUGGAGUGAAAACAACUAGGUAUGGACAUUGGACUGCUUCAUUUGUACUUCGUACAUUAGAUUCAUCACCAAGCAAGAAACCAGAAUCUUCUGAAGAAGUUCCUGAUGUCCCAACUACAUCUACUCAACAACCACCCUCACGUCUGCCAUCAGUUCAAUCUCCAUGUGACAUGGCAGCCAGACAGAUACCUGAUCCAGUUGCAAUAGUCAUGUGCCCAGCAGGAUGUCUGAAAAAUAAAGGCCAAGUUUGGGGAACUAAUAUCUACACAGACGACUCAUCAAUUUGCCGAGCUGGAAUCCAUUUAGGAGUAAUCACAGAUGAAGGAGGAGCUAUGAUAAUGGAGAAAAAGCCAGGUCAAGACAACUAUGAGGAAUCUAUAAGAAAUGGAGUGAAAACAACUAGGUUUGGACGUUGGACUGCUUCAUUUGUACUCCGUACAUUAGAUUCAUCACCACGCAAGAAACCAGAAUCUUCUGAAAAAGUUCCUGAUGUCCCAACUACAUCUACUCAACAACCACCCUCACGUCUGCCAUCAGUUCAAUCUCCAUGUGACAUGGCAGCCAGACAGAUACCUGAUCCAGUUGCAAUAGUCAUGUGCCCAGCAGGAUGUCUGAAAAAUAAAGGCCAAGUUUGGGGAACUAAUAUCUACACAGACGACUCAUCAAUUUGCCGAGCUGGAAUCCAUUUAGGAGUAAUCACAGAUGAAGGAGGAGCUAUGAUAAUGGAGAAAAAGCCAGGUCAAGACAACUAUGAGGAAUCUAUAAGAAAUGGAGUGAAAACAACUAGGUUUGGACGUUGGACUGCUUCAUUUGUACUCCGUACAUUAGAUUCAUCACCAAGCAAGAAACCAGAAUCUUCUGAAAAAGUUCCUGAUGUCCCAGCUACAUCUACUCAACAACCACCCUCACGUCUGCCAUCAGUUCAUUCUCCAUGUGACAUGGCAGCCAGACAGAUACCUGAUCCAGUUGCAAUAGUCAUGUGCCCAGCAGGAUGUCUGAAAAACAAAGGCCAAGUUUGGGGAACUAAUAUCUACACAGACGACUCAUCAAUUUGCCGAGCUGGAAUCCAUUUAGGAGUAAUCACAGAUGAAGGAGGAGCUAUGAUAAUGGAGAAAAAGCCAGGUCAAGACAACUAUGAGGAAUCUAUAAGAAAUGGAGUGAAAACAACUAGGUAUGGACGUUGGACUGCUUCAUUUGUACUCCGUACAUUAGAUUCAUCACCAAGCAAGAAACCAGAAUCUUCUGAAGAAGUUCCUGAUGUCCCAACUACAUCUACUCAACAACCACCCUCACGUCUGCCAUCAGUUCAAUCUCCAUGUGACAUGGCAGCCAGACAGAUACCUGAUCCAGUUGCAAUAGUCAUGUGCCCAGCAGGAUGUCUGAAAAACAAAGGCCAAGUUUGGGGAACUAAUAUCUACACAGACGACUCAUCAAUUUGCGGAGCUGGAAUCCACUCAGGAGUAAUCACAGAUGAAGGAGGAGCUAUGAUUAUGGAGAAAAAGCCAGGUCAAGACAACUAUGAGGAAUCUAUAAGAAAUGGAGUGAAAACAACUAGGUAUGGACGUUGGACUGCUUCAUUUGUACUCCGUACAUUAGAUUCAUCACCAACCAAGAAAGCAGAAUCUUCUGAAGAAGUUCCUGAUGUCCCAACUACAUCUACUCAGCUGCCACCCUCACGUCUGCCAUCAGUUCCAUCUCCAUGUGACAUGGCAGCCAGACAGAUACCUGAUCCAGUUGCAAUAGUCAUGUGCCCAGCAGGAUGUCUGAAAAACAAAGGACAAGUUUGGGGAACUAAUAUCUACAAAGACGACUCAUCAAUUUGCCGAGCUGGAAUCCACUCAGGAGUAAUCACAGAUGAAGGAGGAGCUAUAAUAAUUGAGAAGAAGCCAGGUGAAGACAACUAUGAGGAAUCUAUAAGAAAUGGAGUGAAAACAACUAGGUAUGGACGUUGGACUGCUUCAUUUGUACUCCGUACAUUAGAUUCAUCACCAAGCAAGAAACCAGAAUCUUCUGAAGAAGUUCCCAAUGUCCCAACUACAUCUACUCAACAACCACCCUCACGUCUGCCAUCAGUUCAAUCUCCAUGUGACAUGGUAGCCAGACAGAUACCUGAUCCAGUUGCAAUAGUCAUGUGCCCAGCAGGAUGUCUGAAAAACAAAGGACAAGUUUGGGGAACUAAUAUCUACACUGACGACUCAUCAAUUUGCCGAGCUGGAAUCCAUUUAGGAGUAAUCACAGAUGAAGGAGGAGCUAUGAUAAUCGAGAAAAAGCCAGGUCAAGACAGCUAUGAGGAAUCUAUAAGAAAUGGAGUGAAAACAACUAGGUAUGGACGUUGGACUGCUUCAUUUGUACUCCGUACAUUAGAUUCAUCACCAAGCAAGAAACCAGAAUCUUCUGAAGAAGUUCCUGAUAUCCCAACUACAUCUACUCAACAACCACCCUCACGUCUGCCAUCAGUUCAGUCUCCAUGUGACACAUCAGCCAGGCAGAUACCUGAUCCAGUGGCAAUAGUUAUAUGCCCAGCAGAAUGUCUGAAUAAGAAAGGAAAAGUUUCGGGAACUAACAUCUACACAGAUGACUCAUCAAUUUGCCGUGCUGGAAUCCAUUUAGGAUUAAUCACAGAUGAAGGAGGAGCUAUGAUACUGGAGAAAAAGCCAGGUCAAGACAGCUAUGAUGAAUCUGAAAGAAAUGGAGUGAAAACCACUAAGUAUGGACAAUGGACUGGUUCAUUUAUACUCCGUUCAAUAGAGUUACCUCCAAGCAAAAAAACAGAAUCUUCUUCAGAAGGUCAGCAGCAACCCACACGUCUGCCAUCAGUUCAGUCUCCAUGUGACACGUCAGCCAGGCAGAUACCUGAUCCAAUUGCAAUAGUCAUAUGCCCAGCAGGAUGUCUGAAUAAGAAAGGAAAAGUUACUGGAACUAACAUCUACACAGAUGACUCAUCAAUUUGUCGUGCUGGAAUCCAUUUAGGAUUAAUCACAGAUGAAGGAGGAGCUAUGAUACUGGAGAAGAAGCCAGGUCAAGACAACUAUGAUGAAUCUGAAAGAAAUGGAGUGAAAACCACUAAGUAUGGACAAUGGACUGGUUCAUUUAUACUCAGUUCAAUAGAGUUACCUCCAACCAAGAAACCAGAAUCUUCUUCAGAAGCUCAGCAGCAACCAUCACAUCUGCCAUCAGUUCAAGCUCUAUGUGAAAUGGCAGCCAAUCAGAUACCCGAUGAAGUUGCAAUAGUCAAAUGCCCAGCAGGAUGUCUGAAUAAGGAUGGAAAUGUUUGGGGAACUAACAUCUUCACAGAUGACUCAUCAAUUUGCAGAGCUGGAAUCCACUCAGGAUUAAUCACAAAUAAAGGAGGUCCUAUGAUAAUGGAGAAGAAGCCAGGUCAAGAAACCUAUGAAGAAUCUGAGAGAAAUGGCGUGAAAACAACUAAGUUUGGAUGUUGGAAUGCUUCAUUUGUACUCCAUUCAUUACGACCUAACAAGAAACCAGAAUCUUCUGAAGAUGUUCCGGAUGUUCCAACUGCAUCUCCCCAGGAGCCACCCUCACAUCUACCGUCAGCAAAAGUAGAUUGCUCCUCAUCUGCAGAGGCAUUAACUACACCGAUUACAAUAGUUAUAUGCCCUCCAGGAUGCCGAAAUGAAAAAGGAAAUGUGUGGGGAUUUAAGAUCUAUACAGAUCACUCUUCUGUUUGUCGAGCUGCAAUUCAGGCUGGAAUGUUGCCUGAUGGUGGAGGAUCAGUUGUUGUGCGUAAGAUACCAGGACAAAGUAGCUAUGAAACAGCUGACAAAAAUGGAAUAAAAUCAGAUGGUUAUGGGGCCUGGACUGGGUCAUUUGCAUUCCUUUCUCCAACUGUUGUAUCCCCAACUGCAAGUCCCCAGUAUGUUACAAGCGAUAGACUGGAUUCAAAUGCUCUCCAACAACCUACAAGCAAUGUACAUGAUUCAGGCUCUCCCCAACAGCCUGUAAGCAACCUACCUAAUUCAAAAUCACCUCAACAGCCAACAAGCAAUGAGUCUGAUUUAAGCUCUCCCAAACAGCCUACAAGGAAUGUUCCUGGUUCAAAAUCACCCCAACAGCCUUCAAGCAAUGAGCCUCAAUUAAAGUAUCCCCAACAACUUCCAAGCAAUAUACCCGAUUAUAGAUCACCACAACAACCUGCAACUAAUAUACCUGGUUCACAAUCACCCCACCAACCUUUAAGCAAUGAACCUGAUUUAAGCUAUCCAGGACAACCUACAAUCAAUGUCCCUGAUGCAAGAUCCCCCCAUCAGCCUUCAAACAAUAUUCCAGGUUCAAAAACUUCCCAAAACCAUGUAAGCAAUAUACCUGGUUCACAAUCACCCCAACAAUCACCCCAACAACCUUUAAGCAGUGAACCUGAUUUAAGCUAUCCUGGACAACCUACAAUCAAUGUCCCUGAUUCAAGAUCCCCCCAGCAGCCUUUAAACAAUAUUCCAGGUUCAAAAACUCCCCAAAAACAUGUAACCAAUAUACCUGGUUCACAAUCACCCCAGAAGCCUUCAAACAAUGAACCUGAUUUAAGCUAUCCCCGUCAGCCUACACGAAUUGUACCUGAUUCACAAUCUCAAGAGCCUACAUUUGAUGAACCUGAUUCAAGCUCUGCCCAACAGCCUUACACCAAGGUACCUGGCUCAAGAUCACCCCAACAGCCUACAAUAAAUAUACCUGGUUCACGAUCUCCUCAGCAGCCAAUAGGCAAGGUACCUGAUUCAAAAUCACCAAAGCAGCCUACAAACAAUGUACCUGGUUCAAAAUAUCCCCAACAACCUACAGGCAAGGUAUCUAAUUCAGGAACACCCCAAAACCCUACAAGGACUACACCUGGUUCACAAUCACCUCAACAACCUACAGACAGUGAACCUGAUUUGAGAAAUCCUCGACAGCCUACAAGCUAUCCCCGAAAACCAACAACAUUUGUACCUGAUUCCCAAUCCCCACAAGAGCCUACAUUUGAUGAACCUGAUUCAAGCUCUGCCCAACAGCCUUACACCAAGGUACCUGGCUCAAGAUCACCACAACAGCCUACAAUAAAUAUACCUGGUUCACAAUCUCCUCAGCAGCCAAUAGGCAAGGUCCCCGAUUCAAAAUCACCAAAGCAGCCUAUAAACAAUGUACCUGGUUCAAAAUAUCCCCAACAACCUACAGGCAAGGUAUCUAAUUCAGGAACACCCCAAAACCCUACAAGGACUACACCUGGUUCACAAUCACGUCAACAACCUACAGACAGUGAACCUGAUUUGAGAAAUCCUCGACAGCCUACAAGCUAUCCCCGAAAACCAACAACAUUUGUACCUGAUUCCCAAUCCCCACAAGAGCCUACAUUUGAUGAACCUGAUUCAAGCUCUGCCCAACAGCCUUACACCAAGGUACCUGGCUCAAGAUCACCACAACAGCCUACAAUAAAUAUAUCUGGUUCACGAUCUCCUCAGCAGCCAAUAGGCAAGGUCCCCGAUUCAAAAUCACCAAAGCAGCCUACAAACAAUGUACCUGGUUCAAAAUAUCCCCAACAACCUACAGGCAAGGUAUCUAAUUCAGGAACACCCCAAAACCCUACAAGGACUACACCUGGUUCACAAUCACCUCAACAACCUAAAGACAGUGAACCUGAUUUGAGAAAUCCUCGACAGCCUACAAGCUAUCCCCGUCAGCCUACACGAAUUGUACCUGAUUCACAAUCUCAAGAACCUACAUUUGAUGAACCUGAUUCAAGGUCUGCCCAACAGCCUUACACCAAGGUACCUGGCUCAAGAUCACCCCAACAGCCUACAAUAAAUAUACCUGGUUCACGAUCUCCUCAGCAGCCAAUAGGCAAGGUACCUGAUUCAAAAUCACCAAAGCAGCCUACAAACAAUGUACCUGGUUCAAAAUAUCCCCAACAACCUACAGGCAAGGUAUCUAAUUCAGGAACACCCCAAAACCCUACAAGGACUACACCUGGUUCACAAUCACCUCAACAACCUACAGACAGUGAACCUGAUUUGAGAAAUCCUCGACAGCCUACAAGCUAUCCCCGAAAACCAACAACAUUUGUACCUGAUUCCCAAUCCCCACAAGAGCCUACAUUUGAUGAACCUGAUUCAAGCUCUGCCCAACAGCCUUACACCAAGGUACCUGGCUCAAGAUCACCACAACAGCCUACAAUAAAUAUACCUGGUUCACGAUCUCCUCAGCAGCCAAUAGGCAAGGUCCCCGAUUCAAAAUCACCAAAGCAGCCUACAAACAAUGUACCUGGUUCAAAAUAUCCCCAACAACCUACAGGCAAGGUAUCUAAUUCAGGAACACCCCAAAACCCUACAAGGACUACACCUGGUUCACAAUCACCUCAACAACCUACAGAAAGUGAACCUGAUUUGAGAAAUCCUCGACAGCCUACAAGCUAUCCCCGAAAAAAAACAACAACAUUUGUACCUGAUUCCCAAUCCCCACAAGAGCCUACAUUUGAUGAACCUGAUUUAAGCUCUGCCCAACAACCUUCAACUAAGGUACCUGGCUCAAGAUCACCCCAACAGCAGAAAAACAAUAUACCUGGUUCAGAAUCUUCUCAGCAGUCAGUAAGCAAGGUACCUGGUUCACGAUUACCCCAAAAACCUACAAACAAUGUACCUGGUUCAAAAUCUCCCCAACAACCAACAGGCAAGGUUCCUAAGUCAGGAACACCCCAACAGCCUACAAGCAAUAUACCUGGUUCACGAUCACCUCAACAACCUACAAGCAGGGAACAUGAUUUAAGCUAUCCCCGACAACCUACUAGCUAUGUACCAGGUUCCCAAACACCCCAGCAGCCUUCAAACAAUAAUCCUGAUUUAAGCUAUCACCGGCAGCCUACAAGAAUUGUACCUUAUUCACAAUCCCCAGAAGAGCCUAGAGACGAUGAACCUGAUGAUUCAAGCUCUGCCCAACUGCCUUCAACCAAGGUACCUGGUUCAAGAUCACCCCAAAAGCCUACAGUAAAUGUACCUGGUUCAAAAUCUCCCCAACAACCUACAGGCAAGGCACCUAUUUCAGGAACACCUCAAAAGCCUACAAGGACUACACCUGGUUCUCAAUCACCCCAACAACCUACAAGCAGUGAACCUGAUUUGAGCUAUCCUCGACAGCCUACAAGGUAUGUACCAGGCUCCCGAUCACCCAAACAACCUACAAGCAGUGAACCUGAUUUGAGCUAUGCUCGGCAGCCUUCAAACAAGGAACGUUAUUUAAACUAUCCCCGACAGCCUACAAGACUUGUACCUGAGUCACAAUCCUCAAAAGAGCCUACAAACGAUGAACCUGAUUCAAGCUCUCCCCAACUGCCUUUGACUAAGGUACCAGGUUUAAGACCACCCCAACAGCCUACAGGUAGUGAACCAGAUUUGAGCUAUCCUCGACAGCCUACAAGGUAUGUACCAGGCUCCCGAUCGCCCCAACAACCUACAAGCAGUGAACCUGAUUUGAGCUAUGCUCGACAGCCUACAAGGUAUGAACCAGGUUCGCGAUCACCCCAGCAGCCUUCAAACAAAGAACGUGAUUUAAACUAUCCUCGACAGCCUACAAGACUUGUACCUGAUUCACUAUCCUCAAAAGAGCCUACAAAAGAUGAACCUGAUACAAGCUCUCCCCAACUGCCUUCGACAAAGGUACCUGGUUCAAGACCACCCCAACAGCCUACAAUAAAUACACCUGGUUCACAAUCUCCUCAGCAGCCAAUAGGCAGGGUACCUGAUUCAAAAUCACCUAAGCAGCCUACAAACAAUGUACCUGGUUCAAACUCUCCCCAACAACCUACAGGCAAGGUAUAUAAUUCAGGAACACCCCAAAAGCCUACAAGGACUACACCUAGUUCAAAAUCACCCCAACAACCUACAGGCAGUGAACCUAAUUUGAGCUAUCCUCGACAGCCUACAAGGUAUGUACCAGGUUCACAAUCACCCCAGCAGCCUUCAAACAAGGAACGUGAUUUAAGCUAUCCCAGACAACCUACAAGAAUUGUACCUAAUUCACAAUCCCCAAAAGAGCCUACAAACGAUAAACCUGAUUCAAGCUCUCCCCAACUGCCUUCAACUAAUGUACCUGGUUCAAGACCACCCCAACAGCCUACAAUAAAUACACCUGGUUCACAAUCUCCUAAGCAGCCAAUAGGCAAGGUACCUGAUUCAAAAUCACCCAAGCAGCCUACAAACAAUGUACCAGGUUCAAACUCUCCCCAACAACCUACAGGCAAGGUAUCUAAUUCAGGAACACCCCAAAAGCCUAACAGGACUACACCUGGUUCAAAAUCACCCCAACAACCUACAGGCAGUGAACCUGAUUUGAGCUAUCCUCGUAAGCCUACUAGGUAUGUACCAGGUUCACAAUCACCCCAGCAGCCUUCAAACAAGGAACGUGAUUUAAGCUAUCCCAGACAACCUACAAGAUUUGUACCUGAUUCACAAUCCCCAGAUGAGCAAACAGAUGAUGAACCUGAUUCAAGCUCUCCCCAACUGCCUUCGACCAAGGUACCUGGUUCAAGACCACCCCAACAGCCUAUAAUAAAUAGUCCUGGUUCUCAAUCUCCUCAGCAGCCAAUAGGCAAGGUACCUGAUUCAAGAUCACCUAAGCAGCCAAUAAACAAUGUACCUGGUUCAAAAUCUCCCCAACAACCUACAGGCAAGGUAUCUAAUUCAGGAACACCCCAAAAGCCUACAAGCACUACACCUGGUUCACAAUCACCCCAACAAUCUACAAGCAGUGAACCUGAUUUGAGCUAUCCUCGACAGCCUACAAGGUAUGUACCAGGUUCCCGAUCACUGCAACAACCUACAAGCAGUGAACCUGAUUUGAGAUAUCCUCAGCAGCCUACAAGCUAUGUACCAGAUUCACGAUCACCCCAGCAGCCUUCAAGUAAUGAACCUGAUUUAAGCUAUCCCCAGCAGCCUUCAAGGAUUUUACCUGAUUCACAAUCCCCACAAGAUCCUACAAUUAAUGAACCUGAUUCAAGCUCUGCUCAACAGCCUGCAAUCAAGGUACCUAGCUCAAGAUCACCCCAACAGCCCACAAUCAAUAGACCUGGUUCACAAGCUUCUCAGCAGCCAGUAGGCAAGGUAUCUGAUUCAAGAUCACCCAAGCAGCCUACAAACAAUGUACCAGGUUCACGGUCUCCUCUGCAGCCAAUAGGCAAGGUACCUGGUUCAGAAUCAUCCCAACAACCAACAAACAGUGAACCUGAUUUAAGCUAUCCCCGACAACCGACAAGAAUUGUACCUGAUUCACAAUCCCCGCAAGAGCCUACAAUUGAUGAACCUGAUUCAAGAUCACCCAAACAGCCUACAAUUAAUAUACCUGGUUCACAAUCUCUUCGGCAGCCAAUAAGCAACUUACCUAAUUCGAGAUCACCCAAGCAGCCUACAAACAAUGUAACUGGUUCAAAAUCUCCCCAACAACCUACAGGCAAGGUACCUAAUUCAGAAACAUCCCAAGAGCCUACAAGCAAUACACCUAGUUUACAAUCACCCCAACAACCUACAAGCAGUGAACCUGAUCUGAGCUAUCCUCAACAGCCUACAAGCUUUGUUUUAAGUUCACAAUCACCCAAGCAGCCCUCAAGCAAUGAUCCCGAUUCAAGCUAUCCCCAACAGCCUACAAGAAUUUUACCUGAUUCACAAUCCCCACAAGAGCCUACAUUUGACGAACCUGAUUCAAGCUCUGCCCAACAGCCUUCAACCAAGGUACCUGGCUCAAGAUCACCCCAACAGCCCACAACAGAUAUACCUGGUUCACGGUCUCCUCAGCAGCCAAUAGGCAAGGUAGCUGGUUCAGGAUCACCUCAACAAGCUACAAGCAGUAAACCUGAUUUUAGCUAUCCCCCCCAAUCGACAACAGUUGUACCUGAUUCACAAUCCCCACAAGAGCCUACAUUUGAGGAACCUGAUUCAAGCUCUGCCCAACAGCCUUCAACCAAGGUACCUGGCUCAAGAUCACCCCAACAGCCUACAAUCAAUAGACCUGGUUCACAAUCUCCUCAGCAGCAAGUAGGCAAGGUAUCUGAUUCAAUAUCACCCAAGCAGCAUACAAACAAUGUACCUGGUUCAAAAUCUCCCCAACAACCUUCAGGCAAGGUACCUAACUCAGGAACACCUCAACAGUCUACAAGCAAUACACCAGGUUCCCAAUCACCCCAAAAACCUAAAAGCAAAGAACCUGAUUCACAAUCCCCACAAGAGCCUACAUUUGAUGAACCUGGUUCAAGUACUGCUCAACAGCCCACAAACAAUGAACCUGAUUUAAGCUAUACCAGACAGCCUACAAGCAGUUUACCUGGUUCAAGCAGUCCCCAACAGCCUACAACCGAUGUACCUGAUUCAAGAUUACCCCAGCAGCCUACAAGCAAUAUGCCUGGUUCACUGUUUCCUCAGCAGCCUAUAGGCAAGGUACCUGAUUCAAUAUCACCCCAGCAACCUAGAAACAGUGUACCUGGUUCAACAUCUCUUGAGCAGCCUACAGGCAAGGCACCUAAUUCAGGAAGACCCCAACAGCAUAUAAACAAUGUACCUGGUUCAGGAUUACCCCAACAGCCUUUAAGCAAUGAUCCUGAUUUAAGCUAUCCCCAACUGCCUACAGAAAUAGUACCUGAUUCACAAUCCCCACAAGAGUCUACAAUUGAUGUACCUGAUCCACAAUUGUCCCAAAAUCCUACAAGCAAUGUACCUGGUUCACAAUUACUGCAACAACAUUCAAUCAAUGAACCUGGUUUAAGCUUUCCCCAACAGCUUACAAGCAGUGUACCUGGUUCAAGGUCACCCCAAGACCCUUCACGCAAUGUUCCUGAUUCACAGACAAUACCAAAAGUUACAGCGUUGUGUUCCUCAGUUGCAACUCAUUUAACUGCUCCAGUUACAAUAGUUUCCUGUCCAGCAAAAUGUCUAAGUGGCUCAGGAAGUGUGUGGGGAUCUGACACAUACACUGAUGAUUCUUCCAUUUGCAGGGCUGCAAUCCAUGCAGGAAGAUUAACCGAUCACUAUGGGACAGUAGUGGUGGAGUUGAAACCAGGAAAAGACAGUUAUGAGGCUUCUAUAAGAAACGGCAUAGAAUCGUUUGUGCGAGACAGCUGGACUAGAUCCUUUACAUUCAUUUCACCAAUUAUGGAUUCAACUUCAACAAGCCCUGUACUUACUAUAAAUCCGACACCUUCUGUAACUUUCACUUCUAACCUGCCAAAAGUUACAGCUUUGUGUUCUUCCACCGCGGACUAUUUAACGAAACCAAUUACAGAAGUUAUGUGCCCUGCAGGAUGUCUCGAUGAAUCAGGAAAUGUGUGGGGAUCUCGUGUUUACACAGAUGAUUCAUCCAUUUGCCGAGCUGCAAUUCACGCAGGAGAAAUUACUGAUGAUGGAGGAUGUGUUUUUGUGGAAUUGAAACCAGGACAGGACAGUUAUGAAGCAUCUACAAAUAAUGGAGUGAAGUCAUCUGAUCAUGAAUCGUGGACUGGUUCAUUUGUAUUUACUUCAGCACCUGCUGAACAACCUACGGAAAAACCAAAGCAUACUAAGAGACCUCCAGUUGAUAUCCCCCCACCACCCGUUUCCAGCGUAACAAAAGUUACAGCGUUGUGUUCUUCCACUGCCAUCCACCUGAUUGCACCAAUUACAGAUGUUGCAUGUCCAGCGGAAUGCUUAAAUGCCUUAGGAAAUGUGUGGGGGACUGAAAUCUACACAGAUAGUUCAUCCAUUUGCGGAGCAGCGAUACAUUCAGGUAGAUUGCAAAACAAAGUAGGAGGACUUGUUAAGGUGGUGAAAAUGCCUGGACAGGGCAGAUAUGAAGGUUCUAACAAGAAUGGAGUGACAUCAUAUGACCAUGAAGAAUGGACUGGAUCUUUUGCAUUCCUGUCACCAGCUCUGGACCUGUCUGCCACAGGCUCUGAACCUGCUACAGAACAAUCAACUCAAAAUACCUACGAGCCCUCUUCCAACAUUCCAAUAGCUACAGCUUUGUGUUCAUCUGAUGCAACCCAUCUACCCGCACCAUUUACACAGGUUAUUUGUCCAGCAGGAUGUCUGUCUGAACAAGGAAAUGUCUGGGGAACCGAUACAUAUACAGAUGAUUCUUCUAUUUGUCGAGCGGCAAUUCAUGCAGGAAUGUUGACUGAUGAAGGAGGAAUAGCAUUUGUCAAAAAAAUACCAGGGCAGAGUCACUAUGAAGCCUCUGCCAGGAAUGGAAUAAAAGCAUCUGACUUUGAGGAGUGGACGGGAUCGUUUAUUUUUAAAUCCUCUCCUGAUGUAGAACCAACUGAAAGUCAAUUGCCAACGUCAACCUUAGCAAAAGACUCUGAUGUCAGCCGCCAUGGAUUAGCUUGGCAAACCACAUGGGAGUCCAAAGCACCAAAAGUGACAGCUAAGUGCUCAUGGAAAGGGAAAGAUUUACCUGCUCCAAUCACAUUAGUUAUUUGUCCAGCAGGAUGUCUGACUGAUAGAGCGACAGUAUGGGGCUCUGAGACCUAUGCAGAAGAGUCCUCAGUUUGCGAAGCUGCUAUACAUGCUGGUAUAGUGACCAACAAUGGGGGUCCGGCUAUUGUUCAAAAGACACCAGGACAAACACAAUAUGUAGAUGCUACCAAGAAUAGAAUAAUUGCAAGAAGUCACGGUGAAUCGUCUGGUUCAUUUGUGUUCAGAUCUCAACUUGAUUUCCCAAGUAUUACGUUUACAGACGUAGAUGUCAGCUCCCAGGGCUUAGACUCUGAUGUCAGCCGCCAUGGAUUAGCUUGGCAAACCACAUGGGAGUCCAAAGCACCAAAAGUGACAGCUAAGUGCUCAUGGAAAGGGAAAGAUUUACCUGCUCCAGUCACAUUAGUUAUUUGUCCAGCGGGAUGUCUGACUGAUAGAGCGACAGUAUGGGGCUCUGAGACCUAUGCAGAAGAGUCCUCAGUUUGCGAAGCUGCUAUACAUGCUGGUAUAGUGACCAACAAUGGGGGUCCGGCUAUUGUUCAAAAGACACCAGGACAAACACAAUAUGUAGAUGCUACCAAGAAUAGAAUAAUUGCAAGAAGUCACGGUGAAUCGUCUGGUUCAUUUGUGUUCAGAUCUCAACUUGAUUUCCCAAGUAUUACGUUUACAGACGUAGAUGUCAGCUCCCAGGGCUUAGCCGGACAAACCACACAGGAGUCCAAAGUACCAAAAGUAUCUGCAGACUGUUCAAUGGCAGGGAAGGACUUGUCUGCACUAGUUACAUUAGUCACCUGCCUUGAAGGAUGCCUAAAUGAGAAAGGAGAGGUUUGGGGAACUGAAAUCUACACAGAUGCUUCUUCCAUUUGCCGAGCUGCCAUUCACGCGGGAAGAAUAGGUAACGACGGGGGUGAAAUAAAAGUAAAGAAAAAGCCAGGACAGAACAGUUAUGAAGAAUCACAUAGAAAUGGGGUGAAAACAAAGAGUAUGGGUGAAUGGUCUGGCUCAUUUGCAUUCAUCUCCUCAUAUGAAUACCAGAUUACUACAACAUUUUCAGAAACAUCAUACAAAGAUGGACCCACUGAAAUUACAUGGGGCUCCGAACCAUCUACAGUUGUAGAAGAAGCAUGGGAUUCUGAAGCUAAACCAGUGCCUGUAUCCUGUACCAUGGUAGGAAGAGAUUUGCCUGGGCCAGUUACAAUAAUUACUUGUCCUGAGGGAUGCCUUAGUCAGAAAGGAGAGGUUUGGGGAUCUGAUGUCUACACGGAUGAUUCUUCCAUUUGCCGCGCUGCCAUCCAUUCAGGGUGCAUUGAUAAUAAAGGAGGCCAAGCGAUAGUGCAGAAAAAAGCUGGAGAAAAGAGCUAUGUGGAAUCCAAUAGGAAUGGUGUGAAAACAAGAAAGAAGGGGGAAUGGUCUGAGUCAUUUGGAUUUAUUUCAUCAUUUGAAUAUCAAACUAUUUCAAAACAUACAAAGUCCUUCCAUAAUUUCGGUCCAGCAGGAGAAAUUAAAUGGGAAUCCAGACCACCCACAGAAAUAAAAUGGGAGUCUAAAUUACCAACAGGAGAAAUGAAAUGGGAAUCAAACCCACCUCAAGGAGAAAUUAAAUGGGAAUCCAGAUCACCCACAGAAAUAAAAUGGGAGUCUAAAUUACCAACAGGAGAAAUGAAAUGGGAAUCAAACCCACCUCAAGAAAUAAAAUGGGAGUCUAAAAUACCAACAGGAGAAACUAAAUGGGAAUCCAAUGCACCAACAGUUUCAGUAACUUGCUCUUCAACAGCGAAGGAAUUAUCUGCACAAAUAACAAUCGUUGCCUGCCCCAAAGGAUGUAUUAGUGAGGACAGAGAUGUUUGGGGAACUGAUGUCUACACGGACGUCUCUUCUAUUUGCCGAGCUGCUAUCCACGCUGGAAAACUUAAUGAUGCUGGAAAGGUUGCAGUGCAGAAGAUGCCCGGACAGAGCAGUUAUAGGGAAUCCACUAGGAAUGGAGUGAAAACAAAGAGUAUGGGCGCAUGGUCUGGAGCUUUUAUGUUCAGCCCAUCAUUUCAGUUUAAAACUUCGUCAUAUUCAGAAUCAACAUCUUACAGUUUCCCACAAACAGGAAUGACAUGGCAGUCCCCACCAUCAGAAUCAAAUGGUAAUCGCCAGAUGCCUUCAUUCAACUUCAAAGAAACUGGUUCCAACCAUGGAAAAGGUGUGCCAGUGGUCACCAAAACAAAAGGUCCUUUUCCUUUGAAAGGUUGAUGAAUUCAGAUCCUGAACUGCCAUGCGCAAAAGGGACCAACUUCAUAGAGAGAAGACAAAAUAUAGUAUAUUCCUGCCUUUAAUGUGUCUGCAGUCUAAUAAACAGUCUGUAAAGAAUCUGUGUAUUUUUCAUCAAUAUGACAAUACAGACGUAAGACAGCAAUACAUAAUAAAAGCAGUUAAUUGAAGUAAA